ACUUCUCACUCCUCAGAUUACAGAUUGUUUUUGGAAGAUGAAGGACCAGAUUGUUUAAAAAAAAUAGAAGAGUUCCCACUCUUUACGCUAGACACAACGUUUACCCCAGUACAAGAAAAAGACAUUUUGCUAGACAUAUACAAAUCUACAAAUGGACAACAAUGGUACGAGGCUAGUGGAUGGAACAGCUCAAGUAACGAGAUCUCUCAUUGUUCCUGGUAUGGAAUCACCUGUCAUAAUAACACGUCAUACAUUAAAAGUAUCGUGUUGCCUUAUAACAACUUGGAUGGCUUUCUCCCUUCUAAUAUUUGGAAAAUACGAAACUUGUUUUCUUUGUGCACUCCAGGAAAUCCGAGACUGCGAGGGCGUAUUGGCGACUUUCUGUUUGACAACAUGAGUAAACUGCUGAUCACAUCAUUCAAUACUGCCUCAAUAAGUGGAGAUAUACCAAAAGAUAUAGCAAAGCUAACUAGUCUACAGUACUUCUUGGGGUGCCCUAUGAAUGGCGCAGGCUUUUCUGGUCGCUUGCCAGAAAACAUAGGAAACAUGACAGAGCUUCGAGUUCUCUGUCUUGGAGGACACGUGACUGGAGAAAUACCAAGAAGCAUUUCUCGACUGGAAAAACUUUACGAUCUAGACAUUCGAAACACCCCAGGCAUGAUGCAUGGGAACCUUAGCGAAAUACUUGCCAUUCCUUCCUUAUCCUAUCUGUAUUUGNCAAAAGAUAUAGCAAAGCUAACUAGUCUACAGUACUUCUUGGGGUGCCCUAUGAAUGGCGCAGGCUUUUCUGGUCGCUUGCCAGAAAACAUAGGAAACAUGACAGAGCUUCGAGUUCUCUGUCUUGGAGGACACGUGACUGGAGAAAUACCAAGAAGCAUUUCUCGACUGGAAAAACUUUACGAUCUAGACAUUCGAAACACCCCAGGCAUGAUGCAUGGGAACCUUAGCGAAAUACUUGCCAUUCCUUCCUUAUCCUAUCUGUAUUUGUCUGGCCUUCACCUUAGCGGGGAGAUGCCCAGAGUGUUGCCUAAAAGGCUCCUUCAACUGGGCUUGAAUGGAAACAGCAUUUCGGGAAAGCUACCAGAAACAUUUGAAAGUAACAUCAACCUUAAUGUAUUUAAUGUCGCAAACAAUCAGCUAGUAGGAGAUAUUCCAGGGGAUCUGCUUCUGUUGCCAAAUCUCCAAAUGGUAGAUGUGUCACAGAAUCAGUUUUCCUCUAUAAACCAUGGCAAACCAUGGCCAGUUAAUUCAAGUGCAGCUAAGACGAAAUACGUCUCUUUAGCGGGGAACAGGAACUUGUUAAUUCAUUUCCAGAGCUUCAUAGAACUUUUCACAACGACGGUUAAUUUCGUAGAUAGUCCAUCCAUUUUAAAUGUUAGCUUUUGCGACAUCCAAAGUCCCGUACUUCCAAAUCUGUAUUACUUUGAAACAAUGUCCACUUGCGAUAUGCGAGGCAAUAAUUUUUAUGGACCUUUACCCGACUUUUUCGAGGACUUUUCUUUGCUAACAUACUUCGAUGUUUCAGCAAAUAACUUAACGGGCAGCUUUCCAGCUGGAAUUCAGAACCUCAUCUCCCUUCAAUAUUUAGAUUUUUCAGGAAAUCCUCUCAUGCGAGAAGGAAACAGCGCAUCUACCAGUGUCUACCAACCAGACUUUUCAAGAAUGAUACGGCCACUUGAAGCAGAGAACUUCACGUGCCCUGAGGGAAGAAUCAUGUUCAAUAACGGUCGCAUUCGCUUAGAUCCCACGUUUUACGACUACAGAUAUUGCAUCUGUGAUGCCGACUUUUAUGGAGACAAAGGGUUGUGCAAAAAAUGCAUGGAAGGUGGGAUUUGCCACCGAAAAGAUUUCCACGAGACAGCAGAUCUUCGUCCUAGCAACAUGAAAAUCGGCAGUGGUUACUGGCCAUCACCUGAACCGAACAAUGUCACCCACCUUGUAAAGUGUCCAAUACCAUCUGCUUGCAAUCCAUCGGAUUCUUGCACCUGUCAGCUGAAUACAUCGCGAAAAGACAAAAACGCGCCCUCUAACAGACCCCAAGUGCUAUCUCUCUUCACAACAUGCAACCAUUCGUGUAUCUGUCAUCAAGGAAACACGGACAGAUUUUGUUCUCGCUGUCUCGAUGGAUUCUACAAAUUAGGCGGACUUUGCUUUCGAUGUAAAAACGGUGAUUUAUUGUACUAUUACAUGUUCAUUCCUGUUUUUGCAGUUUCAUUCCUUGCUUUAAUCUGGUCAUAUUUCUAUUUCAACGUACGUCCCUUGAAAUGGUUUGUUGUUACGGCCAUUCAUUUUCUUCUAAUGUUAAUUAUGAUGCUCUUGGAAUUCUUGCCGGCAUGGUUUUUCAAAUUAAACAUGGUUGUGUUUGUGCUCUGUAUGACUAGUAGAGGGAAAGCGGCCCGUACGCUCAUAAGCAUCGCAGUGUUUUACAUUCAGACUAUAGAUUUCAUGGUAUCAAGCUUCAACGUUUGGCCUAAAAAGGUCGUUGCAGCUCAAGGCUACUUGAGCAGCUACUGGAACCUCUAUUUCCCCUCGCUUUCUUGUGAUUUGCCUCUGCUGUUUACUCCUGUUGGCAAGUUUGCUUUCCUGCUUCUCUUGCCACUGGCGUGCUUGAUCAUGGUUGGAGCAUAUUUUAUCGUCAUGCUGGCAUUCCAGAAAUUCCGUCCAAACACAGAACGCAUGGAAAUGGCUCACUUCAAAUGUCGCCAAACCGCCUUUUUCUGUCUAAGCUUCAGCUUUUUUCCCAUUGUGAAACAAACGUUUUCAGUCCUACGUCCAUGCCACAAGGACCUUGAUGUGCUCUACAUGCCAUCUUCUCCUUGGAUAGAAUGUACCUCUUACGCCUUCCACAGUCUGAUUACACUAGGAAUUGUCUCCAUUGUGGUCUACGUGAUUGGAUUUCCCUUGAUGGUCAUCUCCUUGAUGUUGCUCUUCUUCCCCAAGAGAAGCUCUAUGAGUCCUGAAGAUCGAAAGAAACUUGAUGUAUGGCUUGGACCGAUCUACUUACCCUACAAACCUAAGUACCAAGCGUUCUUCGAAGUUGUCAUGCUCUUACGCCGCCUGAUUCUCGCCAUCGCCCUGUCCAUGAUCCCAUCGUCAUCUACUUUGCAAACGUUUGUAGUCUGGGUUGUACUUAUAACUUCAGCGCUUAUUCAUCUUAUUUUACGCCCGUACGAUACGAGCAGGAGAGUGGGCGAAGCCGACCGGGAACGUGCCUGGCCAAAGGUCAAAGAAAUAUUCACUGAGAAUGUCUUUGAGCCUCUUGUAUUGGUUAUCUUAUCAAUGUCAUUCAUGCUGUUACGAUUUUCAUCUUUAGAUGGCAAAAAUGCUGUUCUUUUUGUUUGGUUUGUUAUGGUCAUUAACGCCUGUGUCCUGAUUGGUUUGUUAGUCGCUAUCUUCUAUCUUCUCGCUUGCAAAGUCAAGAUCCGUGGUAAUGGUAAUGAGACUUUAAGUACAGCAAAUUGUGGAGAGGAAGAUAGACUUGAAGAGCACACAAACAUUGGCGAUGAAGAAGGAAGGUAUUUGCUGCGAGGUGGUGCCAGCCGCAGAUACUUACUAACAAACAAUGACGCCUAA